CCUUCCUUUUAUGACGUAGUAGACCCAGUAGAUUUUGAAAGCUUCCUAAUGACGCAGCAGAACAACUUGGAUUCAGAACUAGCACAAGAACUUGGGGACUUUCCUGAAGAUGACCUGGACGUUGUCUUUACACCCAAAGAGUGCAGGACUUUGCAACCUUCUAUGCCAGAGGAUGGGGUCGAACUGGACUCACAUGUCAGAGACUGUGUUCAGACAUACAUCCGUGAGUGGCUGAUUGUGAAUCGAAAAAACCAAGGGAAUUCAGAUACUUGUAGCCUGAAAAACAAGGGAUCCCGAAAAGAUUUUCACAAGACGCUUCAAAAACAAACAUUUGAAUCAGAAACAUUGGAUUCUGGCGAUGCAAAUUUCCAGGUGGGGCCUCAACAUGUCCAUGUGUUGCCUGAGGAGGCCUCAAGGACAACCCUCACCUCCUCUGACUUUGAGCUACGCAGCCUGCAGCCGGACCCCCGCCUGGAGAACCUGCUGCGGCACGUCAGUGCGGAGGACUUUGAGAGGCAGAACGAGGAGGCGCGGCGCACCAACAGGCACCCCGAGCUCCUCGCCCUCUACCCCUCUGUGGAUGAGGAAGAUGCAGUGGAGAUACGACCCGUACCGGAUCGUCCAAAGGAGCAUCUGGGCAACAGGAUUUUGGUGAAGCUGCAAACUCUGAAGUUUGACAUAGAGAUUGAACCUUUGUUUGCAUGCAUAGCUCUGUACGACAUAAAGGAAAGAAAAAAGAUCUCAGAAAAUUUUCAUUGUGACCUCAACCCUGAUUCAUUAAGAGGAUUCUUGCGUUCUCAUACAUCUUCCAUUGACUUGUCUACUCAGGCAAGAUCGGCAGUAUUUUCUGUAACUUACCCCUCAUCAGAUAUUUACCUGGUAAUAAAGAUUGAAAAAGUGCUUCAGCAAGGGGAAAUCACAGACUGUGCAGAACCCUAUAUGGUUCUUAAAGAAAGUGAGACUGGCAAGACAAAAGAAAAGAUUGAAAAACUGAAAGCACAAGCUGAAUCCUUUUGUCAGCGGUUGGGGAAAUACAGAAUGCCAUUUGCUUGGAUUCCCAUAAGCCUAACUAAUUUCUUCAACCUUUCAACACUUGAACGAGAAAUACCUGAGGCCGAAGGUUUGAAUGGGAAAGGAUCCACUAGUGAAAAGAAGGCAACACUGCUGCAGGCAAGAAGACCUUCUGAGAGAGGUUUCAGCUCAGAGGACAGCUAUCCAGCAUCAAACUUCAAAACAAUCUCUCUGACCCUCAGCACCUUCUUUAAACAGGAAGGAGACAGGCUCAGUGAUGAAGAUCUCUUCAAAUUUUUAGCUGAUUUCAAAAGAUCAUCUUCCUUGCAAAGAAGAACUAAGACUUUACCAGGAACACUUAAACUGGAGAUUUCCCCAGCUCCAGAAAACCUUGGUUAUUGUCUGACACCAGAACUACUGCCAGUGAAGCCAUUUCCAGAAAACCGUAAUCGUCCUCACAAAGAGAUUUUGGAAUUCCCAAUUAGAGAAGUGUAUGUUCCCCAUACCAUUUAUAG